AAAUUCUGGUGCCCUCCUGCUCCAGGAGCUCCAAGGAGAUGGCUGCCACCAGGAUCUUGUCUUGGAUGGUGAUGGUAAUUCUUCACAUUCAGGUGGAUGCAGUAACAAUAGAUCCCACAACUACUGAAUCCACGACUCAAACAACACGUCCCCCAACAACUGCCCCCACGACUCUUUCAAUCAUAGUUGAUGAGAUCCUUCUGAGGCUGGGCGAUGGGCCCAACGAGUGCGCAGGCAAUGUGGAGAUCUACUACUUUGGAGGCUGGGAGAAGGUGUGUGGCUACCUGUGGGACAUGCGGGACGCCCAGGUGGUGUGCAGGCAGCUGGGCUGUGGCUACCCUCUCGCAGUCAUGCACCCCUUCCCUCCGGGCAGCUGGAACUCAUUCAUGUUUACUGAGGUGAACUGUACUGGCAACGAGAACUUCCUGUGGCACUGCCCCUACAAAUACCAGCACAAUGCCUGUUACCAUGGAAUUGCUUCUGUCGUAUGCUCAGACUCGGGAAUAACAGUGACUCCAGCAACAGCACCACCCGUCUCCAGAAUGAUGUUCACCACGCCGUGGAAUGCAACAGGGAACUUCUCCUGUGGUGGCUUACUUCAGGGAUUGUCUGGCACCAUCCAGAGCCCGAGAUACCCCAACCCCUACCCCGACAACUCCUACUGCGUGUGGCGCAUCCGGCUGCGGGACCCGGCCCGCAGGAUCCAGCUCCAGUUUACGGAUGUGGAGCUGGAGGGCAGCAGCUGCUCCUUCGAUGCCAUCGAGGUGUUCGACGGGGGCUCGCCGCAGAGCGCGCGGCUCGGCCUCGUGUGCCGGAACGACCACCGCGUCUUCAACUCCUCGGGCAGCCGGCUCACCGUCGUGUUCCGCAGCGACAGCAGCGUCACCCGGAGAGGCUUCCACGCCUACUACUCCUCGUUUCUCGCCUUCGACACCACCGUGGCUCCCAAUACUACUCUGUCACCACCCACAGAAUAUUAUUCUUGUGGUGGCUUGCUCUCCUCCUCAUCCGGUACCUUACAGAGUCCAUUUUACCCCAGAAAUUAUCCAAACAAUGCCAACUGUGUGUGGGAAAUACAAGUGAAAAGCAACUUCCGUGUCACACUUGUAUUUACAGAUAUUCAGAUGGAAGGUGGCAGAUGCCUCUCUGACUACGUGGAAAUCUAUGAUGGCCCCCUGCACACCUCUCCUCUCCUUGGGAAGAUUUGCUCUGGUUAUUACCCCACGUACACAUCGUCCUCAAACCUGCUGAGUGUCCGCUUCCACAGCAACUCCCGAUACACGUACAGGGGGUUUCAGGCCAACUAUCAUUCCUCUCCAGCUGAUGACAGCACCACACUGCUGUGUUUGCCAGACUACAUGCACGUGGUUGUGAGCAGAUACUUCCUUCAGUCCCACGGCUACUCUGCUUGGAACCUCACCCUGAACGACCCCUUUUGCACACCCAACAUCACAUCAAAUGCUGUGUCAUUUGACAUUCCGUACACUCGCUGUGGCACUGUCAGAGAGGGAAACAACAACACAAUCAGCUAUUCCAACAUUAUUAGAGGGUCAUCUUCUGGUACAUUAAUCACAAGAAACAGAAAUCUUCUCUUGCAUGUCAACUGCAAGAUGCUGCAGAACACGUGGGCAAAAACGAUGUACGUCGCGGAUGACAACUUUGAAGUCAACGAAACUCAGUAUGAGAGAUACGAUGUAAACCUCACAUUUUAUGACUCUUCAAGCUUCUCAAGGCCAGUGUAUGACUCACCCUACCGUGUUGGCAUCAACCAGAAUUUGUUCCUGGAAGCUUCCCUGCACAGCUCUGACCCAUCACUGGAGCUAUUUCUGGACACUUGCGUGGCAUCUCCCACUCGCCACAAUUUUACAACAAAAUCCUAUCCUAUAAUCGAGAAUGGGUGUGUCAAAGAUCCCACCUAUGCUACCUAUUACUCACCCUACAGACACAUCCUCCGGUUUAAAUUCAAUGCCUUCCAGUUCAUUCAGAGCAAUCCAGAGGUCUACCUGCAGUGUGAGCUGGUGGUGUGCAGGGCCUAUGACUAUUCCUCCAGGUGCUACCAAGGCUGUCUUCAAAGGUCCAAGAGAGAGGCAAGCUCUGACCUAGAAAGUGUGAUUGUUGUUGCUGGCCCAAUACAGCUUUGGGAACCUGGUUCUGAGACUGGGUCUGAUGUCUCCAAGCAGCUGUGGCUGGACAAUCUGGAGAUCCUCAAGUCUAUCCCCUUGCUCAAAGCAGGGUCAAAGAAAACAAGCUGCUCAGGACUGUCCAGUUGGUGGUUGGACCAACAUCUCCACCACGGGGAGGAACCUGAUCAUGAUCCUCCAUCCACCAGAGACUCACCUGCUUCAUCUUCCGUCUCUGCAUAUGCCACAACCACUGAUACAUCCCUGUUAAUGCCCUCCCUUCCUCCAGAUGCCACAGCCAAAGAUCCACCCAAGUUCAAGCUGGCCACUCCUUCAGAUGCCACCAUCAGCCUGGUGAACGGCAGGAACCGCUGCGAGGGUCGCGUGGAGAUUUCACACUCCGGGGGCCGGGGCACUGUCUGUGAUGAUGGCUGGGACCUGAGAGAUGCCCAGGUGGUGUGCAGGCAGCUGGGAUGUGGAGCUGCUGUUUCUGCACCAUCAGGUGCCUCCUUUGGACGAGGCAGUGGCAGCAUCUACCUGGACUAUGUGAGCUGUGCGGGCUGGGAGUCAUCCAUCUUCCAGUGCAGCCACCGUGGCUGGGGCGUCCACAAGUGUGACCACAGUAAAGAUGCUGGUGUUGUGUGCUCAGCACAACUACAGCCAGCCCCCAUCAGCCUGGUGAACGGCAGGAACCGCUGCGAGGGUCGCGUGGAGAUUUCACACUCCGGGGGCCGGGGCACUGUCUGUGAUGAUGGCUGGGACCUGAGAGAUGCCCAGGUGGUGUGCAGGCAGCUGGGAUGUGGAGCUGCUGUUUCUGCACCAUCAGGUGCCUCCUUUGGACGAGGCAGUGGCAGCAUCUACCUGGACAAUCUGAACUGCACAGGCUGGGAGUUGUCCCUCUUCCAGUGCAGCCACAAUGGCUGGGGCAACCACACGUGUGACCACAGUAAAGAUGCUGGUGUUGUGUGCUCAGAUGCCUCCACCAUCAGCCUGGUGAACGGCAGGAACCGCUGCGAGGGUCGCGUGGAGAUUUCACACUCCGGGGGCCGGGGCACUGUCUGUGAUGAUGGCUGGGACCUGAGAGAUGCCCAGGUGGUGUGCAGGCAGCUGGGAUGUGGAGCUGCUGUUUCUGCACCAUCAGGUGCCUCCUUUGGACGAGGCAGUGGCAGCAUCUACCUGGACGAUGUGAACUGCACAGGGUCGGAAUCGUCCCUCUUGAAGUGCGGCCACAAUGGCUGGGGCAUCCACAAGUGUGGCCACAGUGAAGAUGCUGGUGUUGUGUGCUCAGGUACCACUGCUUUGACUUCUUGCAUACUGUGA